AUGCCGCACGAAAUGAGAAGAGAGUCCCGCAGGGGCUGCUUGGGUGCGGUCGCCGAUGAGCUGGGAGUGGCAACCAUUUACCGCUCACCCUCCAACGUAAAACUUCUCAUCCUCCAGCGAGCCGUCCGCCUCAUGGCAUAUGGCGCAUCGACGCUGCCGCUGAUCCCACACCUACGCGCGCUGGGCCACUCGGAAAGCUUGAUCGGUCUCUUCCUCAGCCUGACGCUUGUCGGCGACGUGCUGCUCAGCCUGCUCCUGACCGUGGUGGCCGACGGGCUGGGCCGCCGCGCCGUCUUGGGCAUCGGGUCGGUCAUGAUGACUGCUUCCGGCGUCGUGUUUGCGACAUGCAGCAACUACUGGAUUCUCCUGCUUGCGGCGGUCUUUGGUGUCAUCUCGCCCAGCGGCAACGAGAUCGGACCGUUCCGCGCCAUCGAGGAGAGCAUCGUCGCGCAGCUCACCACCCCCGCCGACCGGUCCGACGUCUACGCCUGGUACUCUCUCAUGGGAACCGCGGGUGCGGCGACGGGCAUCAUCGCGUGCGGCUGGACGGUGCAGGCGCUGCAGCGGAACAGGGGCUGGAGCGAAACCAAGGCUUUCCAAGUCGUCUUUCUGGCCUACGCCGCCUUUGGGGUCCUCAAACUGAUCCUGACGCUCUGUUUGAAUUCCGAGGUCGAGGCCGAGGUAAUCAAGACCUCACCCCAAGCUGCGGCGGCUUCUGAGGGCGAGCGUCGGCCUUUGCUUGCAGGUAGCGAGGCUGGCGCAAGCGAGCAAAGUCAGGACGCUCUGGCUGCAGAGUCAAAGACAAAGAGCCGGUGGAGUCUGCUUCCCCAGAUCAGAAAGGAGGGUCGUCUAGUGAUUUUGAACCUGUGUCUGCUUUUCAUGCUGGACUCCUUUGCGUCGGGCUUGGUGUCUUUCAGCUGGAUUAGCUACUACUUCAAGUCCACCUACAACAUGGAGCUUGGCACCCUCGGGUCGGUGUUUUUCACCACCAACGUCCUUGCCGCCGCUUCAAUGCUCGUCGCGUCUUCACUGGCAAAGCGGUUUGGUAAUGUCAAUACAAUGGUGUUCACACACCUACCGUCGUCCAUCUUCCUCGCCCUCAUCCCGGUCCCGUCGCUGCAGCUGUCCCUUGCCGCCUUGUUCCUCAGACACUGCACGGCCUCUAUGGACGCAGGGCCCCGCUCGGCCUUCCUCGCUGCCGUCAUACGUCCCUCGGAGCGCACCGCCGUCAUGGGGCUCAUCAACACCCUCAAAACGAUCGCGCAGAGCGUCGGACCCUCGGCCACGGGCCUGCUGGCAGGCAGCGGGCAUUUCUGGGUUGCGUUUGUGGUUGCAGGGUCGCUCAAGGCAACAUAUGACCUGGGGCUGCUGGCUGUGUUUAAAAACCACGAAAAGGAAGAGUUGGAGCGGGUCGACAGGGAGGCCGCAGUGGGACAAGACUCUCAAGUCUAG